UUAGAUGUUCUGUGUUUUCAGCUUCGUCAGAUGGUUUUCAUUUUCUUUGGCAUAUACCAGGCACUUGAGGAUGAAUAUGGAAGCGACAGUCAAAAUAUUGUUCCUCUUGAAAACCGGUUUACAAGAACUGCGAGGUGCAAUACUGAACAUCAUACGUAUAAUCCUCUUUUGGGUUAUGAAAACUCUACCAACGUCCGUUGAGUUCCCCCAUAGCAUAAUAUUAUAAGAGAUAUGACUGUAAACAAGACUAUAGUAGACAUUCAUUAGUGAUUGCAGAGGAACAAUAUCUUUUAUUCUACUGAUCGCAUAAUGUUAAUAGUAUAAUUUUCAUGAUUUCAGCUUCCCGGGCGACGAUGAAAAAAGAAAAGAAUUUGGACUUCCCUUCUGGGAAGUCAAGUAUCUGCCCGAAAAUAAUUAAUAUUAAUUUAUUAAGAUCACUUCAACUGAAAUGCUGUAGUGACCAAGGCACAUGGAAAAAUAUAUCUGAGGACAGAUGCGAAUCCGUUACCUCAGCAUUUGUCAGUUGAAAAUUCUAACUUGAGUGACCACUUCCUGGGACAGAAAGCUGCCCCAAUGAACAAGAGCAGGAAAUGCUGGAUUCAAGUUAUACUACUGAUGAGAACAAACCUGAUCAGGCAAAUUUUCUAUCUACACUUACUACAUCAGAAUGUGAAAAUGAAACAAGUAAAUUGGAAUUCAUUGAACCAACUAUACACAACAUGCUGACCAGAAAGAGAAAAGUUUUAAAAAUGGUGAGACAUUGUUAUAUUUGCAAAAUUAAUCCCAAGGAUCCUGGAAAUGAAGGAAUAUCGUUACAUUCAAUUGCUAAUAAUAUAGAAAUCAGAAAUGUUUGGUUCUCUCUGCUUGGCUUAGAAAACGAUGGGACGUAUCCUAAAGUGAUCUAUAUAUGCUCGAAGCAUUUCAUGCCUGAUGAUAUUAUUUCCAAUAAAAUUGGUAAACGUAUAUUGAGGCCAAAUGCUCUUCCAAUACCAAUUCAUAAUGCAUUUGAGCCAGUUGAGACUGAAACUUUGAGCACUUCUCCCAGCAAAAGUAUGGUAAGCGUUUUAUCUGUAUCAGACUUAUCAGAGAGCAGCCCUCCGAAGAAGAUACCUAGGGUAGAAUUAUUCACCGAAUUCGAUGUUCCUUCAAGUCCCUUUAAAAAUGUUGCAUCACCUUCAAAAAGCACGGCAUCUGAAGGAGGCAAUAGACCUUCCACUUCCUUCCAAAGUGGAUGCACCACUUCCUUUCAAAGUGGUGCAUCGUCCUCAACAUAUACUGCAUCUGAAGAGGCCAAUAUAUCUAGUUCCACAUUGACUGCUCCAGAGACACAGGAAGUUUUGAGUAUGACAGCAAAGGCAGAAAAAGUAUCAACAAAACAGGGAGCCAUUAAACCUAAGAAACUUCUAAUCAAACGAAAAAGAAGAACCUAUGUUGGGGACAUGGAUGAAGAAGAAUUCAGAUCUCCCAGAACAAGAAAAAAAUUUGUUAUUCUGAAAAGAACAAUUUUUUCUCUUCGGAAGAAAGUUCAAACCCUUCAGUCGAAGCUGUGGAAAUCAAAACAAAAAAUAAGUAACUUGAAUGAUCUUCUAAAAUAUUUUAAAGAAAAAUCUUUCAUAACAGAAUCAUCUGAAAGUGUCCUAAAGGCUUCUCUUUCUGGUUCAAACAAAGAAAUGUUCGAGAGGAUGUUGAAAGGGCCAUCAACACAGAAAUAUAGUCCAGCAUUGAGAUCAUUUGCGUUGACUUUGGCGUUCUACUCACCAAGAGCAUACAAUUUUGUGCGUAGUACAUUCAACCGUUCCUUGCCACAUCUGAGUACAAUUACAAAGUGGUACAAGUCAGUUGACGGUAGUCCAGGUUUUUCUCAGGAAGCUCUUAAUGCACUGAAAAUUAUUCAUUCCGAAGCAGAAAAACAAAGCAAAUUUGUAUUAUGCAACUUGGUGUUUGACGAAAUGUCAAUCCGUCGUCAAGUAGAAUGGACAGGUAAAAGAUGUGUGGCUAUGUGGACAUUGCUGCAAAUAUAGAUUCGGAUGUUUUACCUGAAGCUAGAGAGGUGUUGGUUUUCAUGCUAGUUGCUUUGAAUGGGUCAUGGAAAAUUCCUGUAGGCUACUUUUUCUUAGCAGGACUUACAGCAUUUGAAAAGGCAGAAUUGUUUAGUUUUUUUAUCUGAAUCUGAUAUAAUAGUAGCUUCUCUCACGUUCGAUGGCGCCCCUGUUAAUUUCAAUAUGGCUACUGAAUUGGGUGCAAAUUUUAAUGAUGUUCGCAGUUUGAAGACUCACUUCUCCCACCCUGUAACUGGUGAUGAUGUAUUCAUUUUUUUGGAUCCCUCUCACAUGAUAAAAUUGGUAAGAAAUACAUUUGGCAGUCAAAAAUCCUUCGUAGAUUCCAGGAAUAACAAAAUUGAUUGGAAUUUUUUGAUACGGCUUGUUGAAAUUCAGAAUGAAAAAGGUUUACAUUUGGGCAAUAAAUUGAAAUUUCGACACUUGGAAUGGACUCGUGAGAAAAUGAAAGUUAAAAUCGCCACACAAACAUUGAGCAAAAGUGUAGCUGAUGCUUUGAUGUACUUGUGUGAGGAUUUGAAACUUUCUGAUUUUAGAGAUGUUCAUGCAACUGCCAAAUUCAUUCAGAAUUUCAACGACCUAUUUGAUAUUUUCAAUUCAAGAAAUAGGUUGGCAAAAUAUUUCUUCAAAAAACCUUUAUCACCUGCCACUUCUGGUUGUUUUUUCAAUUUUCUGGAUUAUGUGUCCGAAUACAUUAUCGGAAUUAAAUUAGAAAAUCUUCCUGUAGUACUUUCAAGUAGAAAAACGGGAUUCCUGGGAUUUUUGAUCUGCAUUAAGAGCUUGAAGCAACUGUUUCAUACAUAUGUAAUUCAUAAAAAAGUACUCAAAUAUAUUUUAACGAACAAACUUUUGCAAGACCACCUGGAGUUGUUCUUUGGUGCAAUCAGGGCAAAAGGUGGUUAUAAUAAUAACCCGACUGCUAGACAUUUUGAAAGUGCUUUCAAGCGGUUGCUAGUUCAUGCACAAAUUAGAGGUCCAGAUACUGGCAAUGUGGCAAACCUUGAAAAACUUUCAAUUUUAUCAUGUGGAAGUGGUCAAACCAUUACAUUCAAUGAGGAUAAUGAGUGCACUUCAAAUAGUCCUGAAUAUUCAAAAUUGGAGGAGGGUAUCACACAGCAAAUGGAGAAUUAUAAUUUUUCUUCAUCUGCUGUGUGGGAUUUAACUCCUUAUUGCGAAGAUGUGGUAGGGUAUAUUACACCUUUUGUAAUAAGGAAAUUAAAAAAGUGUGUCACUUGCACAAAAUGCAAGAGUGCACUUGAAGCUGAUGUGAUAAUUUCCAAACUGCAGGAGCGAAAGCAGUAUGGAAAUUUAGUUAAAGCUUCUCCAACUGUCAUCAGUUUGUGUGAGGUCGCAGAGAAAUGCUUCAGGCUUUUUGAAAAAACAGUUGGGAUUUUCAAUAAGAACAUAAAAAAUCUUGAAUAUGUAUUAAUUCAAAAAACGAUGAAUACAUUGUCACCAGAUAUUUUAUCCUCAUUUCAAGAUCAUCUGUACGAAGAUGAUCCUAUAGAUGGCCAUGUUUUUCAUUUGAUAAAAUUAAUAUUAGGAAAUUAUUUCAAACUGCGGAUUCACCAUGAAACUGCUAAGAAAUUGGACAGGUAGGGUGAGGAGUGUGCUCACAAAAACCAUACUAUUUCGAAAUGAGUGAAAUGAACGUUCAUGUUUUUAGACUAGGUUUUUAUAUCGUUCCUAUAUUAUAUGUUGUGAAAGGGUAUAUUAGUCACCAGGAACCUCAGUUUUUAUACAAUUUAUUCAAUUAGCUACGUUUCGAGACUUUUAGAAUCUUCCUCAGGCUAUGAAUAUUAGAUAAAUAGAUUUUUUCCUUUGAAACAUUGUUCAAAAUUGUAGUUGUCAAUAAAUACUAUAAUAAACAUCUCUGGGGGACAACAAUC